AUGGCCGAGACCAAGCAGGCGUCCCUGCAGCAGACCUACGCGCGGCACAUGGCGCGGCGGCGGUCGCAGCCCGGCGGCGCGGACGCCGCGUCGGAGCGGGGCUACGACCCCCUCGACAGCGCCUUCCGCGAGGCGCGCCUCGAGGGCCGGCGCGCGGCGCGCGACCACGAGCGCGGCGAGACGACGCCGCGGCGCAAGGAGAAGGCGCGUUCGAAGCUCCGGGAGAUUUUGAAGGAGCACCUCGUCGUCAUGCACGGGCACGGCCUCGUCUUCGAGCACACGUUCCGGGCCGGGCCCCUCGGCUUCGGCGUCGCGGGGAGUGGCGCCC